AUGGUAACGGUGAGUGACUGCGCGAACCUGUCGGCGAGCCAAGCCGCACGGGAUGAUCUCGCAGGUGGAAUCGCCUUGGCCGCGGCCGUGAGCGCCUCGCAGGUGGACGUGUUCGGCGUCAGGUGCAGCGCCCGGCGCCUGGCAGAUGAAGACGAGCGGAGGUUGAGCGGAAGUGCCGUGGUAGAUUAUGCCAUCGUUCUACCUGCAGGGAGCAUGGAUCCGUCCACGGUUGUCGCCAGCAUC